GGUGGGUUGAGAGGAUUAGCAUCAUCGUGGAGCAGUGAAGCGGCGGCGGCGGCAACAAUAGCAGGAGAAGCGUGAAGACACCAGGAUGUCAGGGAUAGACAACCCAAACUUCCAGAACGACACGUAUACCAACGGUGUGGUGGUGUGCAUAGACGACCCCAGCCACCACCCAACCCGGGUGGUGGUGGUGGGUGCUGAGGGAGACCAGUAUCCUCCUGAUGGAGCACAAGGAAACAGUGGUUCGUAUAGUCUCCCCAUCAGCGAGAGAGACACAACUUCUCCAGGAGAUAUUAAGGCCCCUUCCAGAGGACGAGGAACAUCAUGAAGAAGAUACAAAAUUCCUCACUUUCCUUCCCUGUUACCCAGACAUUAACAAGACCAUCAACAACCUCAAGCAGAGUGUUGUGGUGAAGAAGUGGUUGUGGCGGGUGUUGUUGAUGGUGUUGUGUGCACUCUACACAACUUACUUUAUAACUGUACUCGUCGUUCCCACCAAGAUAGAGGAGACGAGCUACUGGUGUCAGGGAGACGGAUUCCUUAUCAUCAUCACAGCCAUUGUCGUCUGUGGACUCUUCUACUUCCACGUGGUGAAGCCGCUGUGGGGAGCCUUUCUCUACGACAGAGUGAUCAAACUUGUGGUUGCUCUCUGUGGCAAGGUGUGGUUGAACAGGUGGGUGCGGUGGGUGGUGUAUGUGAUGCUGGUGGGUGCUGUGGUGAUCUUCCUGGUGGUGGACGCUAGGGAAGACCCACGUCGUCUCAUCUCUCUCUUUGGCAUCGUGGUUCUUCUGGUGUUCGGGUUCGUCUUCUCAGUGGCUCCUCGUAAGAUACGGUGGCGUCACAUUGCCUGGGGUAUGGGUCUACAGUUCCUGCUGGGUGUUGCUAUCCUGAGGUGGCCGCUAGGGCAGGCAGUGUUCCAGUGUGCUGGCGACAAGGUCUCCACCUUCCUCGCCUUCACUGACUCUGGCUCCUCCUUCGUCUUCGGUCCUCUAGUCUCUAAACAACAUAUAUUCGGCUUCAAGGUGUUGUCGGUGAUCUUGUUCUUCAGCUUCUGCAUCCAGAUCUUGUAUUACUGGGGAGUGAUGCAGUGGGUGGUGAUCAAGCUGGGCUGGUUCCUGCAGGUCACAGUGGGCACCACUGCCUGUGAGAGUGUCAACGCUGCUGCCAACAUCUUCCUCGGUCAGACGGAGGCGCCGCUGCUGAUCAAGCCGUAUAUUACAAUAAUGACCAAGUCAGAGCUGCAUGCUGUCAUGACGGGAGGCUUCGCUACCAUCGCUGGCUCCGUCCUCGCAGCUUACAUCAGCUUCGGCGUCGACGCUGCUCACCUGCUCUCCGCCUCCGUCAUGAGCGCCCCGGCAGCUCUCGCCUUCGCUAAGCUCUUCUACCCAGAGACCAAACAAUCCAAGACCAGCGUCAAGGAUAUAAAGAUCAUUAAAGGAGACGAGGCCAACUGGCUGCAUGCUGCCAUGUUAGGAGUGACUAACGCCAUCCCGCUGGUGGCAAACAUCGCCGCCAACCUCAUUGCUUUCUACGCCUUCAUCUCCCUCUGCAGCAGUGUGUUUGACUGGUCGUGUACUUUGGCCGGCGCUGAGCCCGGGGUGUGCUCGCUCGAGAGUUUGUUUGGAUGGAUCUUCAUGCCGCUGGCCUGGGUGAUGGGCGUCGACUGGUCAGAGUGUGACAGAGUCGGGGAACUUAUCGGCAUCAAAACUAUAAUCAACGAGUUUGUGGCUUAUUCCAAACUCUCCGAGAUGAAGAAAGCCAAGCAGCUCUCGAAACGUGCAGAAAUCAUCGCCACGUACGCUCUGUGUGGCUUCAGCAACAUCAGUUCAAUUGGCAUCUGUCUGGGUGGGUUUGGCUCCAUGGCUCCAGACCGCAAGGCUGACCUGGCCAAGGUGGUGGUUAGAGCCAUGAUCGCUGGCAGCUGUGCCUGCUUCCUUACAGCCUGUGUUGCAGGUCUUUAUGCUUGUUUGAGGUCUUAUAUCUCGCUGGUCUUUACUCCGGCACUGGUCUUUACUCCGGCACUGGUCUUUACUCCGGCACUGGUCUUUACUCCGGCACUGUCUUUACUCCGGCAUCUUACUCGGCAUGGUCUUUACUCCGGCACUGGUCUUUACUCCGGCACUAGUCUUUACUCCGGCACUGGUCUUUACUCCGGCACUGGUCUUUACUCCGGCACUAGUCUUUACUCCGGCACUGGUCUUUACUCCGGCACUAGUCUUUACUCCGGCACUGGUCUUUCACCUCCAGAUAUUCUAAGGUUUGCAGUUGCUGGAUUCAAUUCCAGUAGACAUUUUCAUGGAGUAUAUACAACUGUCAAAGAGCUAUUGCAGUAUUUUCCAUGA